UUCCGCUUCCGCCCGCGCCUGACGUCAUCACGCGGCGCCGGCGGCGGCGGCGGGAGCGGCGCCAUGAAGGAGGCGCUGUCGCUGCUGUGCCGCCUGCCGGCGCACCCCGACUCCCGCUGCUGGUACCUGGCCUGGAGCCCCGGCGGCUCCUUGCUGGCGUCGUGCGGCGGCGACCGCGUCGUCCGCCUCUGGGGCAGGGAAGGGCCCGGCUGGGCCUGCCGCGCGGUGCUGGGCGAGGGCCACCAGCGCACGGUGCGCAAGGUGGCCUGGUCGCCCUGCGGCACCUACCUGGCCUCGGCCAGCUUCGACGCCACCACCUGCAUCUGGAAGAAGCAGCCCGACGGCUUCGAGUGCGUCACCACCUUGGAGGGCCACGAGAACGAGGUGAAGUCGGUGGCCUGGGCGCCCUCCGGCAACCUCCUGGCCACCUGCAGCCGCGACAAGAGCGUGUGGGUGUGGGAAGUGGAUGAAGAGGAGGAGUACGAGUGCGUGAGCGUCCUCAACUCCCACACGCAGGACGUCAAGCACGUGGUCUGGCACCCGAACCAGGAGCUGUUGGCCUCGGCCAGCUACGACGACACGGUGAAGCUCUACCACGAAGAGGAGGACGACUGGGUGUGCUGCGCCACGCUGGAGGGCCACGAGUCCACGGUGUGGAGCGUGGCUUUCGACCGCAGCGGCGAGCGCCUGGCUUCCUGCAGCGACGACAAGACGGUGCGCGUCUGGCGCCAGUACAAGCCGGGCAACGAGGAGGGGGUGGCCUGCAGCGGCACCGAUCCCACCUGGAAGUGCGUUUGCAACCUCUCGGGCUUCCACACGAGGACCAUCUACGACGUGGCGUGGUGCCACCUCACCGGGGCGCUGGCCACGGCCUGCGGCGACGACGCCAUCCGGGUGUUCGAGGAGAGCUCGCCGGCGGCCCCGCAGCAGCCCACCUUCAGCCUGGCAGCCCACGUGGCCCGGGCGCACUCGCAGGACGUCAACUGCGUGGCCUGGAACCCCAAGGAGCCGGGCUUGCUGGCCUCCUGCAGCGACGACGGCGAGAUCGCCUUCUGGAAGUACCAGCGGCCCGAGGUUUGCUGAGCCGCUCGCCCCGGCGGCACCGCUUGUGCCAGGUACCACCGCGGCCCCCACCAACAGGCGCGUUUCAGCCAACGCCAACACCCUCGCUGGCGCACGGAGCGGAACGGCGGAGAGGGUGACCGGCCUCCUCCGCCCUGCGCCGCUCCGGAAAUCGGACUUCGUCUGCCCCGUCACCAAACCGGUCUGAACAAACGGGGCGGACGGUGAAUUUUGCGUUGAGCCUCGCGGGUGACCCCAAGCCCACGUGGCCGUGGGGGUCCUGCGUGGUGGCACCGGCCUCCCCGAGGACGCAGACGACAGUUCAGAGGCUUCGGGAGAGGGCGCGGGCCGCCGCGUCCUGCCUCCUCGCGCAGACACGCGCCCCUGUACCCCCGCCCGAAGCUCAAUAAACCUGUGCUGUCCCGGUAGAA